AUGACAAAACAAUUAGACAAUCUUGUUUAUCUUGAUGACUACAUAGACACACUCGAGGCAAUUCCAGUAGACUUGCAGAGAAAUUUUACAUUAAUGAGAGAAUUGGAUGGAUAUGCUCAAGAUCUUAUAGAAACUGUUUCGAGAGAAGCCAUUUAUUUGAUUGACAAUAUAAAAGAUAUGGAUCCCAACACACGAAUAGACAAGUUCAAGUAUUUCAUGACAGUCUUGACAGAGACAUUAAAACGAGGCGAAGAAAAAGUAGCUUUAGCAAAAUCCACUUUUGAUAUUGUAGAGCGUCACUGUAAUCGACUGGAUUCUAAUCUAGUCAAGUUUGAAGAAGAGCAGACGUUAGGGGAUGCACGGAUAACGACCUUGCCAGGAUUAGAGCCUUCAUCGCGUUACUUAAAAGAAGGAACAGACAUAAGAGAAAAGACAGCAAAACGAUUGGAAAGAGAACGAAAAGAAGUUAAAGGAGAAAAGAGGAUAGUUAAAAAACGAAAGACUGUAAAGGACACGAACGGAAGUCUAUCACCUUCUGCUCUACGUACGCAAGCAAUUAAGGAAUCUAGGUCGAUAAAGACAGAUAAUAAGUUGAAACAGGCAAAUAAGAAUGGAAAUGCAAAGUCAAAAACUGUUGUGCCUGCUGACCUGCCAAUUGAUCCAAAUGAACCCCUUUACUGUUAUUGUCAACAAGUGUCUUUUGGUGACAUGGUUGCUUGUGAUAAUUCAGAUUGUGAGAUUGAAUGGUUCCAUGUAGCCUGUGUUGAUCUCAAGACAGUCCCAAAAGGUAAAUGGUAUUGCAAUAACUGCCUUAUGAAAGUGAAGGGGAAACAAAGAAAGUAAAUCAUGACCAUGUACAUACCAACUAUUAUUACAUUCAUUUUAAAACGCGCGCAUCAACAAGAGCAAUAAAAAGGACUUCAAUAAAAUACACAUUUUAUAUAUAAAUAUCGAUCUUACUACUACUACUACUACUACU